AUGCUUUUGAAGUAUCUGAGAAACAAAACAAUCACAUGUUUACCAAGCCAGGAGGAAAUGUCACUUUUACUUGUCCUUAUAAAAUUGGAAAUUCAGUGCAGCAAGUGAUGUGGGAAAGGAUUAAAGCAGAUCAGGUAGAUACCAUUGUUCUGUGCAACUCGUCAGGAAAGCCCAGCUUUGGUUCGGAUUUCAAAGACCGUACACUGGUGGAUUGCUCUGAUCAGGCAAACUCCAUGAUUGUCAUUCAAAACAUUACCGUCUCUGACUUUGCAACGUACCGCUGCGUAGCUACUGGAAGAAACAAAACCUAUGUGAUGAGUUUUACUGUGGCUGAAUCUUGGGAUCGCAAAUGCUUUAUUAUAUACAUAGCUGGAGGAACUUCUGCUGCUGUCUUAUUGUUAAUUUGUUUACUGAUCUUCAAUAUCACCGCUGCUUAUUGCAAAAAAAAGAAGAGGAAGGGGAUCACAGAGGCCUUAUCAAACCAUUUGUACUCUACUCAGACCCAGCCUGCUAACAGUUAUGGAAGAUACAAUUUUCACGGCACAUGGAACACAGCAAAAAGAGAAGAAUCAUCACUUGGGCAGACAGAGGAGAUUUACAGCAACUUGAAAAAUAUCUGA